GGUCUGGAACGAUCGUUUCAAUGAUUUGUUCGUGCGGUGAUUCAUAGAUUGCAAACAAUAAAUAAAUUUACGGCGUUAGUCACUCGAAAUCUCGUGCGAUUUAAAAAAUAUUAUUAACUACAAACUUUGUUCAAAAUGUUUUCAACAAAUCCCAACUAUACUAAACUCAAAACUCAUUUGAGACUUGCUAUAAAUAGGCUCAAAUUGUUAGAGAAGAAGAAAACAGAAUUAGCUCAGAAAGCCAGGAAGGAAAUCGCUGAAUAUAUAGCUGCUGGUAAAAGUGAGAGAGCUAAGAUACGCGUGGAACAUAUCAUCAGAGAGGAUUACAUGGUGGAAGCUAUGGAAAUAGUGGAGAUGUACUGUGAUCUUAUAUUGGCAAGGUUUGGACUUGUGACCCAGAUGAAGGAGCUUGAUGAAGGACUCGCCGAGGCCAUCUCCAGUCUUAUAUGGGUGGCGCCAAGGAUGCAUACUGAUGUUCAGGAACUGAAAGUAAUAUCAGACUUACUCACAGCUAAAUAUGGAAAGAUCUAUGCGGAUGCCUGUAGAAAUGAAAAUGUGAACACCCUGAGUGACAAAUUGAAACACAAGAUGUCAGUUCAAAGUCCGCCCAAGAUACUUGUGGAGAAGUACCUGAUAGAGAUAGCUAAGAAUUACAAUGUUGAGUAUGUACCUGAUGAACAAGUCAUGAGGGAAGAAGAAGGUCGGGAUGCAAUGUUGAUAGACAUAAAUGGUCCCCCAAUGCCGCCUGGUUUUAUCGGUUACCCGCAGCAACCAACUAUGACCAUGCCCAACCUGCCCAGUGGACCACCACCAUCAGUGACACCAUUUUCCUACCCUUCUCAACCUUCGGGCGGUAAAGUGGGUGGGUUUAUCGCGACGCCACCGGCAUCGUACGGCGGGCCCAGCCAGCCACCAAUGGGGUACCAUCUGCCUCCUGGAGUUGAUUCUAAAUCCUUAAGCAAUAGUUUCUUGCAGGAUGAAAUGAGCAAUCUGCCCCCUGCUUAUGACAGCAUCCAACAUGAUUUGCCACCACACGUGCCGAGUCCACCGGCCCCUAACGUGCCAACGCCGCAGCCCCGCUCUCGAGUCCCGAACCACUUUCCAGAACUCCCCGACCUGCCGUCAGUACCCUCAGACCUCAUCCUACCAUCAGUGCCUCACAGUAACAACUCGAACACAUCAAACAACCUACCUAACGCGCCCAAUGCGCCCGAUGAAAUUGAUUUCGAUGAUCUGAACCGUCGAUUCGAAGAGUUGAAAAAGAAAAAGUAAGUGUCGUAGUUAGCAGUCUAACGACGCGGGUUCUGGAAGGUUUCUGAUCUGCGAUAGUUACUAUUUUUGCCUUAUAAUGGAUAUUUUCUAAAACAAAUCUGUCGGUAAUUUGGCUGUUGAAUUUAAUAUUUUGAAAAAACUGAUGGAAUUUAUGAAGAUUUUUAUGUAUGUAGAUGAUACGAAAGGGCGUGACAAUAUC